AUGGAGGGACUUCAGGAUGUUUGUGAUAUGAUUGAGUCGGUAGUUGAUCCUGAAUGGUCAAAAAUAAGCUCAGUUAAUUCCAGGGCCUGGGAGGACGAAUUUAAUGAAUAUUUAACCUCAAUUUUAAGUAAAAAUAGAGAGAAAUCUGGUAAAAAUAAGAAUCCAAAAGCUAAAGACAAGUCAAAAUCUAAAUCUACAAAGAGUUCCGGAGUUAGUAUUGAGGGUUUGAGUCAGGAUUUACAAUUUAAGCUUUCCUAUGACUUGUUUACACUUUUAGAAGGCAUUUGGCUUGAAGGAAAGAAGAGAAUUAAAGCCAUUGAACAAACUAAAUUAUCACAACCAUUAGAUCUCGACGAACUUAUACUCUAUUCUAAUCGAAUAAGUAGUACAUCAUGCAGUCCACCUGAGAAUGUGAAUAUUGAUGACCCUACAAGGCAUUAUGGAAUAUUUCCUCAGUAUCAUUUUUUGGGAGUUCCAAACACUACGCAAAUGCAUGCGUCUAGACUUUUCAGUCUUUCGAAGCUUGAAAACCAGUGUUCACCUCCGAUAAUAACAUUUGAGCCUGUUUCAGACGAAGUUCUGUCAAUGAAGAUAGUGUGUAAGAAUGAGAACGCAGUUAUUCACUUCCAAACUUCAAGAGAGUCGAAUGUUCCUUGUCCCCGUACAGGGAAUUAUUUGAUACUAAAAACUGAUCCAGCAGUUUAUGACAAGAAUAAAAGUUACAAGUUCAAAAAAGAUUGUAACCCCUUCACUGUGCAUGCAUGGACUACUUGUGAAGGGUUUAAACAAUCAAAUGUCAUAGAAGUUAAAUAUGGUACUAAUAUUAAAGAAAAUAAUAAACAACAAUUCAGUAUAAUGCUCACAUAA